GCAAUGCAGUCAGUUGUCUCGGCACCGUUGACUCGUGCGGGUGGUUUUUAUUCUCCAUUAUUUUCCCCUCUUUCUUUCACGAACGAAAAAUUUCGCGAACGUCCCACACUAAUAUACAUAUAUAUAUAUAUAUAUAUAGUCUCUUUUUUUCUUUCUCACUCACGCCCAUUCUUGUGUGUAUAUUAAUCAAAUAGAGAAGGAGAAGAAAAAUCAACGAAUGGAAAUAAGGACGUUUUUCGCAAAAAAGAAAGAAAUCAGGACAUUGCAAAAAUUUAAAAAAUCAGUCUCGUAGCAGACGUUUUUUCUUUUCUACAAGAGAGAAACAUUCGCAUGGAAUGAGACAGACAGACACACACACACACACAUGUAGAUAGACAUCAAAGGUAUUAAACAAUAAUAACAAGAGAAUCAAGAAAACUGAGUUUUUUUUCUUUUUUGAAAUGUAUAUGAAAAUAAUUAUCCGGAGACAUCGAGUUUGACUGGCCUUCAACUAGGGACAGUGACUUUCCACCUGUAAUAUUAUGCGCUCGCACGCAGUAGUUCCCAUCGCGUUAUUAUCGUUACGCGUUUGUCGUUGGACUCGAAUGAUGUGGCAAUGGCGCUCAAGCGAUGGAGUCGUCUGUAUUACUCCUGCUACUACUUUAACUUUUGCUCGUCAACAACACAUUUAUUCAUCGUUACCAUGUUACACUAAGUAAUUUUACAAUUUACAGUGCCUUUAUAUAUUAUUGACAAGUAUUUUUUUUUCCUAAAAAGAAAAAAACAACACCGGAAAUUAUAAAGUGAAUUUUUUUUAAAGAAGAAGAAAAGGAAAAGCAUCUCUCUCUCUCUCUCUUGCUCAAAUGUGAGACCACCAGGUGAGCGGAAGUUUAAGUGUGUGUGCCCCCCCCCUGUUCUUUUUUUUACCCACCAACAAACCAUCAUCAUCACCAUCACCCCCUUAUGAGAACGAUGCACCAAUUGUUCUCUCUAGGACAAAAAGAAAAUAAUUAAAGGAUUAAAAAGUGUGUGUGGGAAUUUUGAAAAAAAAAUCAAGUGUUUAGAGAUUUUUUUGUGUGUCAAAUUUAUAAAAAUAAUAUAUCGUGUGCUUAGUGGCCACAGUGUGUUUUUCACGGGUGAGGUUAGGUUCGGCCGCAAAAGGUAACAUAUACACGUAUUUUAAUAUACACAACAACAAACGCUCUCUCGCGCGCACAUACAAACACAUUCUUGCAAACAUUUUACACACAGUCACCGCCGCCCGGCUCCUCGCGGAUUUCUCAAGAGAGGAGGCGACCGCGAAAGGGGAUUUCUUAACCGUCGAGACGAACCGGGUUCUCUCCUUCUUCUCUUUUAUUUAUAUGUAUAUAUGUAUGUAUAUAUAUACGUGAACGAAAGGGUUAUAUACAGGUGAAAAAAGGGGGAAAAAAAGAGAGAGAAGAAAAUAAAAUUAAAGAAGAAGAAAAAAUAGUUUUUUUUUGAAAGAAAAGAAGAAGAAUAAAAAAAAGAAAGAAAAAGAAGAGAGAUACGGGAAAGAAGCACGCGAACGAAUACACCAAGGCGAAUGCCGAUCGCCGCUGGAAUUCUUGCCACUGGAACUGCGGCUCAUUGCCUGUCCUCCGCCGCUGGCAUGUUUCGCUUCCUCGCUAAACUUACAGGGAGGCGGCGGCACGUGCGUCGGAGUUCUGGGCCAGGUGCAGCAGACGGACGACCGGCGGCGACAGAAGCUGCAGCGGUAGCAUCACGAGAAGCCGAGGAAGCUGGAGAGCUCAACUUGGAAACGAAUAACAACGGCAUUUCGGACCUCAUUCCACGCUGCACUGAAUUUGACGAGGUGGAUAUUAAUAUUAGAAGCGUGGAGUUGGGGCGCUGGGAGCAGAGGAGACUUGAGGAGAGUCGAAAAAGGAUUACGGCCGACGAUGACAUUGACACGUGUCAUCGUGAGCAUGGAGAAUCCUACCUCUACCAUCACCAUCCUGCCCAGGAACGAUACCUCCACCAUCAUCAUCAUCAUUACCAUCAGCACCAUCAUCUUCCUCACACGUCACAUGAAAGGCAAUUGGACGAUACAAGAAGAAGUAGAAGGUCGAGAACAUUAUCAUCAUCAGCAACAACAACAGAAUCAACGACGACGACAACAACAACAACGACGAGAACGACAAGGAGUAGUUGUAGGAUUAAUAGUGAGUCAGUAUCAUCAUCAUCGUCAUGGCAGCAAAGUGACAGUGAAUCACGACUGCCAACCCUCAAUAACGAGGAAAUUAUUUCACCGAGUCCAAAUGUCACCACCGUCCCUUCCGUUACUGCCAUGACGAAAGGAUACAGGUUUCCACCGUACCUCGCCACACUGCUCAUCCUUUCUUACACGUUCUUCGGUAUGGCAGACGCGUGCUCGUCGCGGUCAACGCCGAAACCGCGGCCGCCGACGGUGACGCAACGGCCGAACAUCACAUUCCAAAUGUACACAUGCCCACCGGAUUAUGCACAGUGGUACUGUUUAAAUGGGGCCACAUGCUUCACCGUGAAAAUCGUCGACUCUCUUCUCUACAAUUGCCUAUGUGCUAAUGGGUUUAUUGGUCAGAGAUGCGAAUUCAAAGAUUUAGAUGGUUCCUAUUUACCUUCUCGGCAACGGGUCAUGCUAGAAACUGCCAGCAUCGCUGGUGGUGCCACGAUAGCAGUAUUCCUCGUCGUUAUCAUUUGCAUAGCGGCUUACAUUCAUUGUAAACGGAAGCAAAAGGAAUUACGUUCGAGUAGCAGUGUCGAUACGGUGGAUGGUCCUAGUCGAGUGAGGCCGUUUAGCCAUCACAGUCACUCUCUUAUGAUCAUCAUGGCCAAGGACCACAAUAACUCGUCGAUAGAGCAGACGCGAAUGGUCGGUUGGAAUAAUCCGCAACCGGAAUCAACGCGGAUGUCAACGAUCAGCGAAGGAAAGCGUUCGAGUCAAUAGCCGAGUCGACGAAUAACGAAACAAGUUGAGAAAACCAGUGACGACGAGACGCGAUCGUUCAAGUGUCUCCAGGAUUCGCUGAUGAGCAUAAAAAAAACGAAACGAAAGAGAGAGAAGUCAAAAAAAAACACACGCAAAACAAUUUUUUUUCCACAAAAAUCUUCUUCUUUUAAUAACAAAAAAAAAAACUAAAUAAAUGUAAUUUCUUUCCCUCUCUCUCUCUCACCUCUUUUUGUACUU